AUGGUGCGACGGAAAGCCCUACCGUUAUGGCUUUGUUUCUUGUCGGUGAACGGGAGGUUGAAUGUCAACUCUGACUUCGCGUCCGUUCAGGAGCAGGCUUCCAAGAUCCGCGGCGACAUCAUCGGCUGGCGGCGUGCUUUGCACUCGGAGCCAGAGUUGAUGUACCAGGAGCACAAGACAUCCAAGUACAUUCAGGGAGUGCUGGACCACUUGGGCAUCUCCUUCACGGCAGGCUGGGCUAACAACACCCGCCAAGACCGAAUCCCAGGAGUUGGGGGCACUGGGGUGGUGGCAGACAUAGGCUCUGGCACGCCGGUCGUCGCGCUGCGCGCCGACAUGGAUGCCUUGCCCAUAGAAGAGCAGAUACCCUCAACUGCCCUACCUUACCGUUCCAAGCAUGCUGGCCGAAUGCACGCCUGCGGCCACGACGGCCACACUUCCAUGCUGCUCGGGGCAGCGAAGCUUCUGAAGGAAGUUGCUGACGAGCUGCCUGGGACUGUUCGCCUCAUCUUCCAGCCUGCUGAGGAGGGUGGGGCGGGCGCGAAGCGCAUGCGGGAGGAAGGCGUGCUGAAGGGCGUGUCGAGGGUCUUCGGCCUGCAUGUGUGGCCAGCCCUUCCCAGUGGCAGUAUCGGUGGCCGCGCUGGGGUCACCAUGGCUGCUGGGGACUUUUUCGAGCUUGACAUCGUGGGUAAGGGGGGGCACGGGGCUAUGCCGCACCUUGGUGUCGACCCAGUGGUUGCUGCGGCGGCCAUCGUCCAAAGCCUCCAGCCACUUGUGUCGCGUGAAACAGACCCACGUGAUUCGGCCGUGCUCAGCAUCACGAUGCUACAUGCAGGUGAUGCCUACAACGUGAUCCCCGCCAGGGUGACCCUCGGAGGCACCAUGCGCUCCCUUUCCGAGGCCAGCCUGGCUCUCUUGCGCAGCCGGAUGCUUGAGGUGGUGGAGGGCGUCGCCCACGCGCACCGGUGCAGCGUAGCGAGGCUCAAGUUUCAGCCGGACCCCUUUCCCGCUACGGUGAAUGACCCUGGUUUGUGGCGAUGGUUGGGGUCUCCCGCAGUGGGCAUAGAGAAGAGUGUGCCGAUGAAUUGGGACAUGGAGCCCACAAUGGGAAGCGAGGACUUCUCCUUCUUUGCACAGGAUGUCCCCGCAGCAUUCGUUUUUCUGGGACAGGGCUCGGGCAAGCUGGAGGACGGCGACAGCACGCGACCGGAGAAGUAUCCAACAAACACCACCGUCCACAGCCCGCGCUACGUUCUGGACGAGGGAGUUUUGGAUCUGGGCACAGCGCUUCAUGCACACUUUGCCUUGCGCUCCUUGUCGUCCUUGAGGGGCAGCGGUUCCACGGAGCUUUAG